AUGAUCAUUGCUACUAGCCUUUCAUCUGUCAUUGUCGUCUCUCUCUCUCCUCAAUCCCCUCAGUCUUUCGCAAUCGCGUACCGUCAAAAUGUUCCGCACAGUCCCUCGUUCGUGUUCCGUGAGAACCGUGUCCCUUUCUACCAGCGUCUUUUCCAGCAGCACGACGGCAAGCGUCAGUGGUGGAAGACCGAGCGUAGUGGCUACGUCAUGUACCCUUACCUCUUCACUGUCUACGGCCUGGGCGCUGCCACUACCUACGCUAUGGUCCGCAUGGUCUUCGGCCACAAGACCUGGUUCGGCAAGGAUUAA